AUGGACUUCGCAAAGAAGCGGAAACUAAACGCCCUGUUGAAUGGCCUUGGCACUCGACCCUCGUACCCCACCGAUUCCAUCCCGCCGCCGCCAUCAGGCACAGCUCCCGAGGACGAGUCCACGCCGCAGACCCCUCCCCCAGACCGCAGCUCGACUACCACCCUCGCCUCGGCUUCCUCGACCAUCCACACGCCAGGCUCAGACUCCAUGGCUAUGCGCACUUCCAUCUCCUCCGUCCCACGAUCCGCCGCCACAACAGCCGACCUCGACCUCCUCACAAAGCGACGGCGACUCGGCCUUGCUGACUCGACCCCGUCCAAGGACCUUGGCACAAAGACCCCAGAUGGAGGCGGCCAGACGACCAUAUCGAACAUCGUCCUGAGGAAAUGGGGCGGCAACAAGGACAAGGAAACCAUCUUCAAGCCGAAGUACUGCCCGGCGGACAGGGACGAGCUGCUCAAGCGCCUCGCCAGCUUCCAGGAACUGACAGACUGGACGCCGAAACCGAACCCGGUCGCUGAGGUGCAGUGGGCCAAGAGGGGGUGGAUAUGCCAGGGCAAGGAGCGCGUGCGGUGCACGCUCUGCAACAAGGAGCUGGUGGUGAAGCUGAACAGGAAGGAGGUCGACGGCAAGGAGGUGCCCGUGCUGGUGCCCUCGGAGAUCGAGGACGCGCUGGUGGCCAAAUACGUCGAGCUGAUCGUCACGUCGCACCAGGACGACUGCCUGUGGCGGAAGCGCGGCUGCGACGACUCGCUGCUGCGCCUGCCGCUCUCGAGCCGUCACGCCGCCAUCCAGGACCUGCACGCGCGCUACGACGAGCUCUGCGCCCGCAAGGACUUCCUCCCCUAUGAGUUUAACCUGCGCCUGCCCGCGCGCCUCGACAUCGACGUCGUCCUUCGCUACCUGCCGAACGAGUUCUUCGCCAGCCCGGACCAGCAACAGCCGCCGCAGCAGCGGGCGCCUAACCGCGUGGCCCUCGCGCUAGCCAUGGUCGGCUGGCAGGGCCUGUCGAACUCCCGCAUCGGGCCCGUGCCCAACACGGCGUCGUGCCACACCUGCCUGCGCCGCCUGGGCCUGUGGAUGUUCAAGAGCAAGGAGGUCGAGCCGGACACCGGCGCCGUCAUCGUCCCAGCGCCCAUGGACUACCUCGACCCGCUGCGCGAGCACCGCUUCUUCUGCCCCUGGAACAGCGCCGACGCGCAGCGCAUCACGCCCUCGAGGCGCGGUGGGCCGGCCGCAGCGGACGAAGACGACCAGAGCAAGCCCGGCUGGGAGGUCCUGCUGCAGGUUCUCAAGAACGAGGCGUACCUGCGCAGCCGGGAGUCGCCGCAGCAGUCCAGGGGCAGGAGGGGUGACAAGCCGCCGCAGACGCCGUCGUCGCGCAGGUCGGGGCAGGACGAGGACGCCGAGGGGGGCCAUGUGGAAGGCGAAGAGGACGAAGAGGACGAGAAGACCCAGAACGCCAAGGACAAGGAGCGGUGGAAGCGCCUGCGCCGCGUCAAGAGCCUCCUGGGCGGCAAGGGGGGCAACAAGCUGCGCAAGUCCAUCACGCUCAGCCGGCCCGGGAGCAGCGCCGCCAAGAGCCGGCCGGGGACGAGCCACUCGACCGCACAGGGUGGGGACGGGCAGGAUGGGGAGGCGGCGCAGGCGGCGGGUUAA